UUCCAGCUUUCCCCUUUUAAGGCCUUCCCUUUACAGCAGCUUUCCAUCUAUCAUUGAAGUCUUGAAUUUCAGUUUCAUUUGGAUUCUAUCCCUCCAACAGAAAUAACCGUCCCGGAUCGCGUUAAAGAAGAAUCUAGAGAUCCGGAGAUGGUUUGGCUUUUCUGGUUCUUGGGCUUCCAACGCUGAGAUUUUCAGAGCUUUGUUUUUUUAUUCUCCUGUCUUGGGAUGGAUGUAUCGCAGGGCUCGAAUGGGACACCGCCUUUUCUUACGAAGACUUACGAUAUGGUGGACGACCCUUCUACGAAUUCUGUUGUUUCUUGGAGUUUAAGUGGUAAAAGCUUUGUUGUGUGGAAUCCACUGGAUUUUGCGAGAGAUUUGCUACCCAAGUACUUCAAACACAACAAUUUCUCCAGCUUCAUCCGGCAGCUUAAUACGUAUGGAUUUAGAAAAAUAGACCCUGAACAGUGGGAAUUCGCAAAUGAUGAGUUUAUAAGAGGUCAGAGACACCUUCUGAAGAACAUUCACAGGCGCAAACCAAUACAUAGCCAUUCCCAACAGCACCACCAAGCACAAGGCAACUCUUCAGGAGUGUUAUCUGGAGCAGAGAGGCAAGAGCUUGAGGAAGUAAUUGAGAGGUUGAAACAUGAGAAAAACAUGCUUCUUUCGGAGGUACAAAGGAACGAUCAGCAGAAGCAUGGAAUAGAUUUGCAGAUGCAGUCCUUGGAGGAGCGGUUGCAUCACAUGGAACACCGUCAGCUGCAGAUGAGGGACUUCUUGAUGAGAAUUGUGCAGAGACCUGGGUUUGUCUCUAACCUCUUGCACCAGUCUGAGAACCAUAACAAGAAGAGAAGGUUGCCAAAACCUGAUAGUUUUGGCAAUGACACUGAAGAUGAUGAGCAUGUGGCUUUCCAGGCAGUAACGAGAGAGAAAUCGGAUAUUGUUUCUGUCCGCGUCUUAAACACAGAUCCAUUUGAAAAGAUGGAAUCAUCUAUAAAUUCCUGGGAGAAUUUUUUUCGUGGAGUGGGUCAUGCUUCUGGUGAAGAAGUGUAUGGUGGUAGCACGCAGUGGCAGCCUUCGACAGUUGUUCUUACUGAAGUUCUAACAUCAUACAGGGAUCCAGACAGUAAUUUACAACCAGAAUCGCCUAAGAUACGCCCAUCUUCACCUCGUUUGAGAGAUAUCCGUUCCUCUCCAGAUCUGACAGAAUCUACGAGUUUUGUUGAAAGCCCUGCUAUUUCUCCAAUUUGUCAUCCUGCCGACAAUCAGCUUAAAGACUCUUGGAUAGAUGUGAAUUCCAGGCCUGCUCCUAUUGAGGUCCAGUCAUCAAAGGAACAGACAAACAUAGGUUCAGCUGCGCCCACAGGGGAGAAUGAUGUGUUUUGGGAGCAGUUCCUAACAGAGACACCCGGUUUGCCAGAUACUCGUGAGGUCCAGUUAGAAAGUAGGGAUGCUGAUAGUAAAAAAUGUGGAAGCAAGCAAGCUGAAUUUGGGAACUUUUGGUGGAAUAAGAAGAGUGUAGAUCACCUGACAGAGCAGAUGGGGCAACUCAGUCCAGCUGAAAGAACCUGAUGUUGGCUGGUUCAUUCAAUUCAUGGGUUUUGAAUUGCUUGUUUUCUGUUAUAUAAUGCAACUUAGCAAAGAGGUGUAUGGUUGGUCGGAUCUUGUAAUAUAUGCGUUUCUUGUUUUGAGCUUAUUAUUUUGUGAGCAUCUGCUGUAAAUGGAAAACGUUGUGAUGUUGUCACAGUAAUUUCUCCUGUUCAUUAAUUUUUGGAUCAUAAUAGUAUUUUGGUUUAGGUGGGUUCGUGAACA